GCGUCUUUCAGCAAGUAGGCGGGAUGAAGCGCUAGUUCGGUUGUCCCAGUGCCGAUAUUACACUGCAGCUGUCCUCUGGAAAUCGCAACGAAGCGGUGCGAGGCACACCUUACACGCCCUGCUCGCGUCCUGAUCGUCUCUCAGAAUGGGCAGUGUGUUGGCUGCUAGCUCCCCCGGUGCCCCCCCUGCUUCCAGCAACAGCAGCAGUCCAACUGGGGGUGGUCCAGGCGUGGUGUCGGUGCCACCAGGAUUCACCAUGCCCCCCGUCUCCUCCCUCUCUCCCACCUCCGGCAUCGGGAGCGCAGCCGCAGGGCAGCAGGGCGCCGAGACGGAGAGCUCCCUUCCCAACCCGGGCACUUUUGAAGAGUGCCAUCGUAAAUGUAAAGAGCUUUUUCCAAUACAGAUGGAAGGCGUGCGGCUCGUGGUAAACAAAGGCCUGAGCAAUCACUUCCAGGUUAGUCACACUGUGGCCCUAAGCACUCUGGGAGACUCCAGCUAUCGGUUCGGUGCCACCUAUGUGGGGACCACUCAGAUUUCACCUACUGAGUCCUUCCCAGUCUUGGUGGGAGACAUGGACAACAGCGGAAGCCUCAAUGCCCAAGUCAUUCAUCAGCUCAGCAGCAGAAUCCGCUCAAAACUGGCCUUCCAGACGCAGCAGCAGAAGUUUGUGAACUGGCAGUGCGAUGCAGAAUACAGGGGGCAAGAUUUCACCACGACCGUCACGCUCGGCAACCCGGACCUCCUUGUCGGCUCCGGUAUUUUAGUAGCACAUUACCUGCAGUCCAUCACCCCAUCCCUGGCUCUGGGAGGGGAGCUGGUCUAUCACAGAAGACCAGGAGAGGAGGGCUCGGUCAUGUCGUUGGUGGGCAGAUACACAGGCAAUAAUUUCAUUGCCACGCUGACUGUGGGGGGAGCUGGAGCACAUGCCUCGUACUACCACAAAGCCAACGACCAGCUCCAGGUCGGGGUCGAGUUUGAGGCAAGCACUCGAAUGCAGGACACGAGCGUCUCCUUCGGAUAUCAGCUUGACCUGCCGAAAGCCAACCUGCUCUUUAAAGGCUCCUUGGACAGUAACUGGGUGGUCGGUGCGACCCUGGAGAAGAAGCUAGUCCCCCUGCCCCUUUCCCUUGCCUUGGGCGCCUUCCUCAACCACCGCAAGAACAAGUUCCAAUGCGGCUUCGGCAUUACCAUCGGAUAAGGGCCGGACCACAGGACACAGGAACAGUCUGCAGCCGCCCACCUGUAAACUGACGCCGAGAGACCGAGACAGACGUGACACUCAGACACAGGGACUAAGACUUGACUAGCAGGAGAAAUGUUAGACCUUUUAAUAAAGUGACACAUACAGAAAGGACUGCUGUGUGGUCUCUGCUAGAAUGCAGAUGCGGGCAGUGAAACCGAACAUUGCACGAUACCACGAGUCCUUUCUAAUGUGUCAUCAUACGCAAUUAAAACCCACCUCAAGAAUCAAAUUGCAACAGGAAAGCUGUGGAUCAUAUGCCGUGUACUGUUUACAACAAAUGUAAGUUUGCAACUGUUAGAUACCGUAGAUAAUAGGUGUUCUAUAAGUCUCCUUGUGCCAUCCGAUAUGACAUUAAGUCUUGUUACAGCAAAAAACCGAUAUAAAACGUGACAGAUUGGUAUUCUGACAUCAUGGCACACAGUUAAAUAUGUGACUAAUAAUGAAACUAAGUUAAUGAGCAGACAUGAGAACCUUGAAUAUAUUUAUUUUAAAUUCCAGUGAAAAGCAACCAUCUCUUUAUAGUGCAUUUUUUCUAAAUUAAUUCGUGCUAGACCAUUAAAGAUGCAUAAUUGAGCCAUGUAGGCACAGAUUAAGUAGAUGGUGGUUCUUUACUGAUCCACAGAAUUUCUUGUUGUAGCUUUUUUAAGUUACCAUAAAGCUGGGAAUGAUUGCCUAGUAUUAUAUGGGGAAUUCUAUGCUGGUGCCCUGCAUGUGUGGCCCUUUGGGUUUUCAUUUGGCUACAGUCAUUUGCAUUUGUCCACUGAACACCGACUACGUGUACUGUAAAAUCAGUAGGGUUUAAUAAACUGUCCAAGUUGAUUCAGCGCCACCGAUAUACUGGCUCGGAAGGAUGGCACACAGAUUGCUGGUUAUAACUUUUUUUUUUUUUUAAUUACCUGAUUAAAGGUGUGAUUGUUUCAGUUUUGUAUUGUACGGGCUGCCUGUGCGUCUCAGUGCUUAUGGUUGGGUUUGAGGAACUAUACAAGUGUGUAGAUUUAACGGUGGAAUCUUGUUUCGAGUCGUUUUAAUCGGUUUUUUUCUUCACUUCCUUAAUUCAAUGGUAUAUAUAUAUAAUAAAAUAUAUAUAUUACCUGUAUAGACCAAUGAAAGGAUCAAUUACAUUUCUUAUGAAACAGUGAAAAGCUGGUUUCUGUUUUUUGACUAAUUCUGAUUUUUCUUUUUUUGGCGGGAGGGGGUGUGGAUGAUCAUGUGAGUGAGCUUUUUACAGAACCAUGACUGGCCAUGUUGAAACAGUUGCUUUUUUAACCAGUGUUUUUAUUGCAUAAUUUGUGGGAACUUUUGAUUUAACCUGUAAGCAAGGAACACAUUUAAGUGGUAGGUUACAUGUGUAAACAAGAUUUAGUGCAGGUUAUCAACAUGAAGAAAGUUUUAACUACAGGGUUUCAGAACCAUGCCAAUAAAAACUAUAAA